AUGAGUUCGAUUCACCGACAGAGAGUCGUGAUCGACUCGUCAUCAGAGGAAGAAGUGGAGGAGACUGAAAAUAUCUCCACCUCCAUCAUGGCCCCUGAAAUCGAAUCCGAUAGUGAAGAAAUAGUGAAUGAGACAUCAGAAGUGUUCGUUGAGGAUUCAAUUGUCGAUGAUUCAAUGCAUUCCGCCCGUUCUCAUCAAUCUGAAAUCAGUUUCAUCACUUCUACACCGAAAUCCAACAAAUCUACAGUAUCCCAAUCCACGUAUGGAUCAUUUCACUCGAAUCCGAAUCUUCAUGAUAGAAGUCGUAGUUUCAACGAUGAAGAGAAUCUGGAUUCUGAAAAUCAGCCACUGCUGACUCCGAUCUCAAAAAAUGAGUGA